AUUCCUGGGCCGUGGUAGAACCCCACCACAUCGAUCACUCUUUUUUUUUUGCCCUUUAAAUCUCGUUUCCCCCCUCUCUUUUGCUCCCCAAAUCCCCAAAUCCUCAGAAAUGGGCAUCCCUUUCCCCUUCCUCGUCGUCCUCUUCCUCCUCCUCGGCUCCUCCCUCGCCCACUCCACCGCUGCUCCCUCACUCAUCGAGGCCGUCGGAUCCCGAUCGGUCGACGUGGGGGCCGGGGACGACUCGGACAAGUGCGUGUACACGGUGUACGCGCGGACGGGGUCGGUCUGGAAGGCGGGCACGGACUCGGUGAUCGGCGUGGAGCUGACGGGAUCGGACGGCUCCGGGGUGCAGAUCGCGGACCUGGGGAAGUGGGGGGGCCUGAUGGGGGAGGGCCACAACUACUUCGAGCGGGGCAACCUCGACGUGUUCAGCGGGCUCGGGCGCUGCACGACGUCGCCGCCCUGCCGGCUGAACCUGACGUCGGACGGCAGCGGGGCCAACCACGGGUGGUACUGCAACUACGUGGAGGUGACGACGACCGGGCCCCACGCCGCCUGCGCCCAGCAGCUCUUCACCGUCGAGCAGUGGCUCGCCACCGACAGCAAACCCUACCAGCUCUACGCCCUCCGCGACAACUGCGCCGCCACCGCCGCCGGCAAGGACGAGGACCACUGAGCUGCCGACAGCUGGCCUCAUCUGAUCUGAUCUGAUCUGACCUGUCUUCCUUCCCUGUCUCGGCAUUUUUAGUUUUUUUUUUUUCUUUUUUUUCUUUUUUUCCUAUUUUGAUCAGCAGUGCUUGCUAGCUAUGCUGUAUGCUGUAUGCCGUAUGGCCCGUAUCCCGCUGGUGGUGUUUUGGUAUGUGGCAAAUAAAAUGCGGAUGUUCACAUUUGGGCCUAGUCUUUAUCUGGACCAAGCUUGAAUUAAAUAGAAAGAAAUAAAAUAAGAUGGAUGCAGAUUCCUCUA